AUGAAGGGCUCGUCGCAGCUUUUCGAAAAAGAUCGAGCAGAAGAAAGCCCUAGCUCCGUCAGCGCCUCUCAAACAUCAACAACAAGGCACAACUGGGCUCAUGUAAUUGCUUGCGGGGCUUUCCUUCGGGCCGCCGCUACCUUCCUCGUUGCCUUCUCCUCGACUUCCUUCCAGAAUUGGAAUGAUUUUGGGAGAACAGCUGAGUUCGUGUUUGACGUAAAGAAAACCUGUGCUGCUCCUCUUGAAAUUAAGGUGAAUGGACAACAUGAGCUCUUCUAUGGAGAAACUCUGGAAGUUGGUCCAUACAAGGCUCAAACAACGCUUCCAUUUAAUGCAUUUGGAGCUAUGGCAAUGGCCAGAGAGUGUUUGAGUUGCCCUAUGUCUGAAGUUAUGCGAUUGAGAGUGUUUUAUAUGGCUUCUAGGACAUUCUUGAUUUUGGAGAAUCCUUCCUCGACAUGCUUCUUCUUCUGCUCUAGUUGCCUUCCUGCAAUAAAAAUGGCGGUCAAACUGAAACUAAUUCCUGAUAUUGCUCCAAGAGAACUGGGAUGGACAUGUAAAGUUGUGGUGGUAGAAAAAACAAGUUCAAGAACAUCACAGAAGGGAAAUGGAACAUAUCAGCACCUUUGGUUGAUGGAUACUGUAGAAAACAAAGUCCAAGCAACAAUAUUUGGUCAGAAUAUCAAAGCUCUGGAAAGCACCUUGGUGCCAUCAAGGACAUACCUGAUUUUGAACGCAUAUGUCAAAAGCACAGAUGAAUGA